UUCCUCAGGUCUGUCUGGUCAGCACCGCUCCACUGUACUUGAAACAAAUAGAAGAGCCCAGCAGCUCCCACAGCACCCAGAGGCUGUUUGCCCCUACCCGCCAGAAAAACCCGCCCACUCCUCAGGAGAAGGUCGGCUUCUCGCGGGAGGGAGCACCAAGCCUAGAGGCCUCUGGGAGAUGUAGUCCAGACAGAGGGAGAGCGAGAGAGAGGCUGCUAAAAGCUAUCUCCAAUUCAUCCUGAGUUCCCCGUGGCGAGGAACCUGGACCUGACAGCGCACCUGAGGCUUCCGCGAGUCUCAGCUGACAAGGAUUCCAUAAGCACACUUUAGUCAAGCUGACUCCAUCACCCUGCCCACUGGCUAUAAAACCCGAGCGACUGUUAUAUACCAAGUUGAGCCCAGCCUCAAGUUUCUGUUGCGGCUCUCGCAGGUUUUGGCACUCACCCUGCAACAUAGUGAGCCCCACGGCGUCCCGGGAAAUGUAGUCCAGGACUUCGCCAACGGCGGGACGGACUCGGCCAAGCAGCUGAUGAUGUUCAGGGAUGUAGCUGUAGACUUCUCUCAAGAGGAAUGCGAGUGCCUGGACUUAGAACAGAGACAUCUGUACAGAGAUGUGAUGCUGGAGAACUACAGCAACCUGGUCUCGCUGGGACUUUGCAUUUAUCAGCCAGAAGUAUUCUCUUUAUUGGAGAAGGGAAGAGAGCCCUGGAUGGCUUUGAAGGAUGAGACUUGCCCAGGUAUGUACAGCCAGACACCUCUGUCUUCCUACUCACUCUGCAGAUGGCUGGAUGGCAUCACCGACUAGAUGGACGUGAGUUUGAGUGAACUCCAGGAGUUGGUGAUGGACAGGGAGGCCUGGCGUGCUGCGAUUCAUGGGGUCGCAAAGAGUCGGACACGACUAAGCUACUGAACUGAACUGAAACUUACCCAGUGACACCAAGUUGCUAUAAUUCUCUAAAAUCACAUCUCUGUAUAAAUUCCUCUGAUUUGAGUUCAGGCAUUCCCACUCUUCCUGAGAAAAGUCCACAGUCACAUCUCUGAACAUCACCAAAUC